CGGUGUACUCGAACAUUUCACGAGCAGCGAAGAAUGGAGAGAGCCGCUAACGACAGUCCGCUGUUAGCCUGAAACAUCAGUCACAACACCGAGAAACCUUUACAUAAAGCUCCGGACAGCUCUGCACACUUCAGGCGUGACAUAUACAGAAGCCGUGUCCUCGUCUGGAUUUAUAACAGCGAAGGUCUUUCACCUUCUCCUUCCUGUGACAGAUGUUGAGGCCAGAGAUCAGCCUGUCCUAACAACUGUGAGGUGACAGGGUGAGGACAGGAGGAGUGUCGGUCAGCUGUGCCAGGUUUUGUCUCAUGAGAGUCACUGUGCCACCCAGGCACUGCCAGUGACCGGGCUGUGGCUGUGGAGGGCCCGGCCCAGGAGGCCUUUUUCUACAUCACUCCGGGCUCCUGCUGACCUGUGCUGCUCACACCAUGGAUCAACAGAGAGAUAAAUAUGGCGAGCGGCCCGCCAGGAGCACUAAAGUUUCCCAGGGAAGCCGCAGCGGACACUCGUCCCGACCAUCCGGCUCCUCCAGUUCGUCCGGGGUUCUCAUGGUGGGGCCAAACUUUCGUGUGGGCAAGAAGAUCGGCUGUGGAAACUUUGGGGAAUUGAAGCUUGGUAAGAAUCUCUACACCAACGAGUAUGUAGCUAUUAAACUGGAACCAGUGAAGUCGAGGGCACCACAGUUGCAUCUAGAGUACCGGUUCUACAAAACACUGGGAACUACAGCUGAAGGCGUGCCCCAGGUGUUCUACUUUGGGCCCUGUGGGAAAUACAACGCCAUGGUUCUGGAGCUGCUGGGCCCCAGUCUAGAGGACCUGUUUGACCUUUGUGACCGGACCUUUUCACUGAAGACUGUUUUAAUGAUAGCUAUUCAGCUGAUUUCUCGAAUGGAGUAUGUGCACUCUAAAAACCUCAUCUAUAGAGAUGUAAAACCUGAAAACUUUCUCAUCGGACGGCAAGGGAAUAAAAAGGAAAACAUCAUCCACAUCAUUGACUUUGGUCUGGCCAAAGAGUACAUCGACCCCGAGACCAAAAAACACAUUCCAUACAGGGAGCAUAAGAGCCUGACUGGCACUGCCCGUUAUAUGUCUAUCAAUACACAUUUAGGCAAAGAGCAAAGCCGGCGAGAUGACCUGGAGGCCUUAGGCCACAUGUUCAUGUAUUUCCUUCGUGGGAGCCUACCAUGGCAAGGACUGAAGGCAGACACAUUGAAAGAGCGAUACCAGAAGAUUGGAGACACCAAACGAAACACUCCCAUCGAGGUCCUCUGUGAGAACUUCCCAGAGGAGAUGGCCACCUACCUGCGAUAUGUGAGACGGUUGGACUUCUUUGAAAAGCCGGACUAUGAUUAUCUGCGGACUCUGUUCACCGAACUGUUUGAGAGGAAGGGAUACACCUUUGAUUACACCUACGACUGGGUUGGCAGGCACAUACCCACACCAGUGGGGUCUACCCACAUAGACUCGGCAGCCUCUGCUGUGACGAGAGAGACCCAUCCUCACAGAGACCGGCCCACACAGCACCCACCCAUUAGAAACCAGACAGCAGCCUCAGACCGACGAGGAGCAUGGGAGGUGCAGCCCACACGCCAAGCAAACUCCUCCUACCUGACCUCCCACCUGGCAGCGGACAGGCACGGGGGCUCAGUGCAGGUGGUCAGCUCGACCAACGGGGAGCUGAAUGCAGACGAUCCCCUGACGGUUCAUUCCAACGCUCCCAUCACAGCUCAGGCAGAGGUGGAAGUGGUCGACGAGGCCAACUGCGUGAAAAUGCUCAACCUGUGGUGCUGCUGCUUCUUCAAGCGAAAACGGAAGAAGAACACGCCGAGGCAGAAAUGAUCCUCCACCACCGACCUGAAACGCUCUGUGUCCCGCUCCGUUGAUUGUGAUCUCAGAAAUCAAUAAGGUCCCAUUCAGAAUAAUAAGGGGAGACAACCGAAAGGUCUUGAUUGAAUUGUCCUCUGGAGGGGCCCGGUAAAAAUGGUUUGUUGAGAAGGACAAGGCGCUUGUGUCUUUUGAUGGGAGUCUUCUUUUAUUUUUUUUCCUCCUACAUUUGUUGGAAUGUUUUGCCGGCCACUCGUCCAAACGGGGAACCUUUUUUUUUUUUGCAGAAGAAAUUAUUAUUAUUUUCUCCCAAGAACCCAGCUUUUUUACUUUUUAUUUUAUUUUUGGAUGAUUUUUGCUCCCGUUUCUCUUCCAUGGUAUUGCAAAGGAAGAGACAGAUCUUCCCGUGGAGUGUUGCCACCUUCAGCCUGUCAUUUCUUUGCUUGUCCCACACAAUCAUGUCUUAAUUUUCCAUCUGUCAAGUCCCAGUUCAAAGUGGUUUGCUCCUCAUUAGUUUGCCAACUCAUUUUGACUCGAUGCCCUUUUUGGUCAUUCCUGGCGUGGGACUGAAUGUAAACCUGAACACACAAGGAGCCAAGAGUGUAACUGCCUAUCUUCAGGCAGAAAGAGCAUCAGUCAGCCAUUUGGCUCCUGCACUUUUUUCCUCCAAAGGGGUCAACCUUGGCACUGGGACCCGGGGCCUGAGAGGACAGAAGCCCAGAGACGCCUCCUGCACUGUGGUCUCUGAGAAGGACUUCUGCUCACCUUGCUUGGUUAAAGCACUUUCCUUAACCACGCCGCUAAAAACACACUACAGUCUCUUUCGACUCACAUGCAGUCUUGCUCCUGUCGGCUUUGUGAUAACGAGCAGCGACCUGACACUUGUUCACGGGCUUAAAAACAAUGUGCUAUUUACGCUAUUUAUCUCUUGGUUGCCACCCGUUUUCUUACUAAAUCUCAAAACAUACACACUGAAUGUAUGGACAGAAAUGCAAAUGGAGCAUUUAUACAAUCUGUCAUGCGCAUGGGAAGGAAAUUGCGAUUUAGAAGUUAAGACCAAUGUUUAAAAAAAGGAAAAAAGUUUGACCAAAACUAAGUGGAUUAGAGGGGGAGGGUCUUAAAUGUUGUUAAUCUUAAUAAUGUGAUGGUAAAAAUGGACUCUUCACCGGAAGACACUGGGGGAUGUUGCUUUGGAGUGACAAGAGAAACUGGCGUGAUGUGCUUUGGAGAUCGAUUCACAGCCGCUCCACGCUACUGUCCAAUGCCUUAACCCCGCCCCCCCCACACCAACCUGUCACAUCGCCAGAGUACAGCAUGAUGGUUGUGUGACCUGGAGUGCAUCUUUUUGGGGUCUCUUGUAUAGUGAAGUUCGCCAACUAGUAUCGGAGUAGUUAAUUAAUUCCCUUGCAACACGUAGGAUGUAUUCCCAAGAGAGAGCAAUGCCAAAUGGAAGGUUUGGUGUAAUAAUCUGUAUUAAGUCGUCCCUGACCCCUGUGCUGCAAAGCCAUGUUUUAAAUUUGGGCGACUCUGCUGAACCCCUGGUCCCUCUCCACUGUCAGCGGGGGCUGUCCAUACCAUUUUUAUUUUUAUUUAGUGUCAUGGAGGACUGCCUUGAAACAAUAUCCUCGAUAUGUCACCUUGCCUAUCCUCCUAACAGAGAGUGAAUUUCCAUACAUAGGUGUUUUUAUUUUUUUAUUUGAUAUCUUGCUAAUGUGAAUUUGUUGAAUGCAAUUUUUUUUUUUCAUUCCAAAUAGCCAUGGUUUUAUGGGGAAAGAGAGGGUUAAAAAAAAGAAGCUUGAGACCAUGACUGCACUACAUUUGUUGACUCGGCUUUCCCUGACGAGACCCUGCCUUCUUAGUACUGAACUUUAACGUGCUUAUUACUUUAAUUGUAGCUGCCUAUGCGUGCUAGGCUUUCCUAUAGGGUGCAGGGAAUACACUUUAAAUUGACUUUUAUCCCCACCCACUCCUUUGUUGUGCCAUGACACCUUCCUACUUCCUCUCUGCACACACGCAUGCACACACACACACACACACACACAAACGUCCUAUAUGAAUCUGAUCCUAGCAGAGUGCUAGAUUUGGUGUUUUGUGGACCUGCUCCAUCAUCUUUGGAAAUACAAUGUUGUAGAUGUUGCAGACUCAAUGAAUCAGUAUGUAAACCUGCUUGUUGCGUGUAUUUACACUGUAUAGCUUUUGGUUUAUUCUCAGCCCUGAUAUGUCAGUUACUCCGGGGUCUAAGUUAUUGUGUUAUUGAAAGUACUUGAAUAUGAAUAUCUACGGGACCUUUUAUGUUUUUUUUUUGCAUUUUCUUGGUCAUUUUCAUAGUAAAUCCAUACAUUUUUAGGGGAUUUGAUGGGAAAAUGGGCUAUUUGAAUGACAGGUAUUCAUCUCCUUGAGAUGUCUUAGUGCCUCGUGAGUGUGUUGGACAGAUGUCAGACUGUGGAGUCCUGUGCCAGUGUUGGGUUCAUGGUUUACCCAGAGGAGUUGGAUGGAGGUUAAAAUCACACUUUUGUUUCUGUGAAAUAUUAACCAUAAUGUAUUCCAAUCCAUUAAAAUCCUUUAUUUGUUCCUACACAUGUAACAUCUGCUGCCUGUGACUCUCCCCACAAAGCAUCAGCACACCCGGACUGUUUCACUCCAGCUACCUGUGAAAAGUUGGAAGUAUUUCUGUGUAGUGAGAUGGAUAUCAAGACUAUAAUAGCCUUCGACGUUCCCCCUGAAUUCCCCGAGUGCCAUUCCUGAGACUACUACUGGCCCAUGCCUUUUGCCCGUGCCAGGAAAAUAUGAAGUUGAAUGUUUUUUUGACCAUCGCACUCCACCUUGUGUCCUUGACAUGUUCACAAAUCCCAGAGCAACGUGGCUCAAUUCAGUACCAGGAAGUGUUUUAAGGGUUGUUAAAGAGUGUUGGAAAAAGCGUUUUAUGAUUAGCUUCGGUUGGUUUCUCUCUCUUAAUGUUGAAACCAACACCAUUUUGUCGACCAAGUUUAUUAUUUCAGUGUUGGAUUUGUGACCGGUCGUCUUCGCAGCGUCUGAUUCUUCCUUAAACUGUGGGUCCUGGCUGAAAUGUUAGAUAUAGAAAUAUUACUCUGAUGUAUUUACUUUUCUCUCUCUGGAGUCUGGACCUCGUACAGAGCGAUAUAGGAGUACUCUGUGUGUUUUGUAUCUGCAUGGCUUACCUGGAGACGACAGCGAGCGUACUGUCUUGAGUUUCUCACCUGUCGGGCUCGUAUACUGUUGGGUCAGUGAGACGUUAUGGCUUCCAGUCCUCAUGUAAUAUAAAUAACAUUCAUGUCUUCUCACAGCACAUUCCAUUUCUCAUUAUUUCUGGUAUUCACUUCAAUCGGACUUGUGUUGAUGGCUCUGGUUGUGGGUAAGUCGCAUUACUGUGUCGAAGCUGUGUAAAUCAACGCAAUGGACAGACAACGUGUGAAUGAAUGGCUUCGGUCUUUAUGGGUUCUCUGGCACUUUUUCCUUGUUGCUGUACUUUAGGAUUGUCUUGGAUUUACUGUAUUAUUCUUUGAGGGAGAGGUUUAGGUUAACAUUAUUGCAAUAUUGUGAUGAUUAUUUGAAAAUUGUAAAUUGUACAGAGUUCACAAUUAUACUCUUUGUUCUUUUUGUUGGGAUUCCAUAUAAAACAUGUAUUCUUUGAUUAUGUUUUUCUCUCAGACUGGAAAAUCAAAUUGUACAGCUUCAAGAGUUUAUCCUCCCCUCAACAUUUAGUUUGCAGAGCUAUGAUUAAGAGAAAUCUUAAAACUGUAAAUAAAUAUUAUUGUGUUGAAAUAUGAAUGUCACUUCAAAAUGUAUUUGAAUGAGUUUGUUAAGGGCUUCAAGAAUGAAGGACCCACAUUUCUUCUUUUUAUUGUUUCAUACUUUUAAUUUGCAUAAAGGUAAAGGUCCUUUUUUUUAAGAUGCCUUUUGUUUUUUUGUUCUCUCCUUGGAUUCAUAUAAAAGAAUGUGUGUCACACAUGAAUCCUAUAAAAUCACUUUUUAUUCCCUCCACACCUAAAGGGAAACUCCAGUUUGCACCCUUUUUUUAUGUAAAAAUAAAAGAUCUCUCCACCUUGUGGGAACGUUUUUUGUCAAAUUAUUUUGUAUUAAAUUGCUCCAAAUAUG